GGGGUGGAGGAUGUGAGAGUGUGAAACCUUGCAACCAAGAAGAGACCAAACCUCGAGCUGUGUUCUUCAGGUUGGACUAUUAAACCGGUUUGGUUACUAUAUAAAACGCCGCACUCCCCGAAAGAGAACAAACCUGUCCAUCAGGCCGUGGUGCGUCACCCGGAACCGAUACAAAAGCGUGCAGGGUUUCUCAAAUCACGGCAUAACCUCAGCGGGGAAACAACUUCAUCCGCUUCCGACAUGUUUUACCUGGUUAUUGGCGUUGGAUUCAUUGGAAUAUUGUAUGUGACUUUAGUAAAUACCCUGUUUAGGCGGUCGAAAUGUACAGGUGGUCGUGAAAUGAAUGGAAAAACGGUCAUUAUUACAGGUGGUAAUACCGGUAUUGGGAAAGCUACAGCGAUGGGCCUUGCAGGCAGAGGUGCACGAGUGAUACUGGCUUGCAGGAACCAACAAAAAGCCGAAGCUGCCAUCAGUGACAUUAAAAAGGUUACUGGGAGCACUGAUGUGGAGUACAUGCAGCUUGAUCUGAGCAGUCUGAAAUUGGUGCGUUCCUUCGCCGAGACGUUCCUGAAGAAAGAAUCGAGACUGGAUGUGCUUAUUAACAAUGCAGGUCUUGUAGCAGAUGGUAGAACUGAAGAUGGGUUUGGUAUCGAGUUCGGUGUCAACCAUCUUGGACACUUCCUGCUGACAUGCCUCUUGCUGGACCGGCUUAAGGAGAGCCCAGGAGCUCGGGUGAUCACCCUGUCCUCGAUGGCUUAUCAGUGGGGCGAAAUUGACUUUGAUGCACUGGUCACCAGUAAAGACCUGGGUAGUGGGAGAUACAGCUGGCAGUUCUUUCAGGCCUACUGCAACAGCAAGCUUUGUAACGUUCUCUUCACACACGAGUUGGCAAAGAGGCUGAAGGGCACUAAUGUGACCUGCUACACUGUUCAUCCUGGUAUUGUGAAAACCGAGCUGUCACGUCAUGUCAGUCUCUGGCAGAAGGUGUUUAUUGAACCAAUAGCCCAGCUGUUGUUCCUGGACCCGAUGACUGGUGCCCAAACGACCCUCCACUGUGUCCUACAGGAAGGCAUCGAGCCUCUCAGCGGGCGCUACUUUUCUUGCUGUGCUGUGGAGGAAGUGAGUGCCAAAGCCAGAGACAAUUCUGUAGCCAAGAAGUUGUGGGAUGUGAGUGAGCAUCUAUGUGGGCUCUCCUGAACCAAAUGGAGCACUGUUGAAUUUGCAGCCUAUGAGACUUGAACUAAUAACCAGUCAUUCUUGAUGCUCAUGUUCUGUAAAUAGGUUUUAAGACUGUGAUUGAUGUAGUUGAUGGUUGCAUUAAAUAUAUUAAAGAAGGACGCACAACUCUGCAUUUUUGGCACGAUUUGUUUCACAACACUUUCAGAAAUUUUGUAUUUAUACAUUGUGAAUUGUAUCAUCCGUUGCUUUUCAAUUGUUGUAAUAAAAUCUGCAGUAUGAUUUUAAA